AUGUCAGGAAGCCACACGCCUUCUGCUGGCGGACCCUUCUCAGCCCUGACCCCGAGCAUAUGGCCCCAGGAGAUCCUGGCCAAGUGCACACAGAAAGAAGAGUCGGUGGAGCAGCCCGAGUUCUGCUACGAUGAGUUUGGUUUUCGAGUGGACAAGGAAGACGCGGACAGCUCCAGGAGGCUGCUGGGAGGGUCUCUGGCGGAGGACCCUCAGCAGACCCUGAAGUGGCAGGCCCACCUGGAGUUCACCCACAACCAUGAUGUGGGGGACCUCACCUGGGACAAGAUCGCCGUCUCCCUGCCCCGCUCAGAGAAGCUGCGCUCCCUGGUGCUGGCUGGCAUCCCGCACAGUAUGCGGCCGCAGCUGUGGAUGCGGCUCUCGGGCGCUCUGAACAAGAAGCAGAGCUCAGAGCUGUCGUACCGCGAGAUGGUGAAGAACAGCUCCAAUGACGAGACCAUCGCAGCCAAGCAGAUCGAGAAGGACCUGCUGCGCACCAUGCCCGGCAAUGCCUGCUUUGCCCACCUGAGCAGCAUCGGGGUGCCACGCCUGCGCAGGAUCCUGCGAGCCCUGGCUUGGCUCUACCCUGAGAUCGGCUACUGCCAGGGCACUGGCAUGGUGGCCGCCUGCCUGCUGCUGUUCCUGGAGGAGGAGGACGCCUUCUGGAUGAUGUGCGCCAUCGUGGAGGACUUGCUGCCCGCCUCCUACUUCAGCACCACGCUGCUGGGCGUCCAGACGGACCAGCGCGUCCUGCGUCACCUCAUCGUGCAGUACCUGCCGAGGCUGGACCGGCUGCUGCAGGAACACGACAUCGAGCUGUCCCUGAUCACGUUGCACUGGUUCCUCACGGCCUUCGCCAGCGUCGUGCACCUCCGGCUGCUGCUGCGCAUCUGGGACCUGUUCUUCUACGAGGGCUCCCGGGUGCUGUUCCAGACCACGCUGGGCAUGCUGCGCCUCAAGGAGGAGGAGCUGAUCCAGUCGGAGAACUCGGCCUCCAUCUUCAACACACUGUCCGACAUCCCGUCGCAGAUGGAGGACGCAGAGCUGCUGCUGGAGACAGCCAUGCGCCUGGCCGGCUCCCUGAGCGACGUGGCCGUGGAGACCCAGCGUCGGAAGCACCUGGCCUACCUCAUUGCGGACCAGGGUCAGCUCUUGGGAGCGAGCACCACUGCCAACCUCUCUCAGGUGGUCCGUCGUAGAGCUCAGCGGAGGAAGUCAGGCUUCGCCUCCCUGCUCUUUGGGGAGGAUGACCUGGAGGCACUCAAGGCCAAGAACAUCAAGCAGACGGAGCUGGUGGCGGACCUCCGGGAAGCUGUCCUGCGGGUGGCCCGUCACUUCCAGUGCACAGACCCCAAGAACUGUAGUGUGGAGCUGACCCCCGACUACAGCAUGGAGAGCCACCAGCGGGACCACGAGAACUACGUGGCCUGCUCCCGUGGCCACCGCCGCCGAGCCAAGGCCCUGCUGGACUUCGAGCGGCAUGACGAUGACGAGCUGGGCUUCCGGAAGAACGACAUCAUCACGAUCGUCUCCCAGAAGGAUGAGCACUGCUGGGUGGGGGAGCUGAACGGCCUGCGAGGCUGGUUUCCAGCCAAGUUCGUGGAAGUCCUGGACGAGCGAAGCAAAGAGUACUCCAUCGCGGGGGACGACUCGGUGACUGAGGGCGUCACAGACCUCGUGCGAGGGACCCUGUGCCCGGCACUCAAGGCCCUGUUUGAACACGGGCUGAAGAAGCCGUCCCUGCUGGGCGGUGCCUGCCACCCCUGGCUGUUCAUUGAGGAGGCUGCUGGCCGGGAAGUGGAGAGGGACUUCGACUCCGUGUACUCCCGCCUGGUGCUUUGUAAGACCUACAGGUUGGAUGAAGAUGGCAAAGUCCUGACCCCGGAGGAGCUGCUCUACCGGGCCGUGCAGUCUGUGAACGUGACCCAUGACGCAGUGCACGCGCAGAUGGAUGUGAAGCUCCGCUCCCUCAUCUGUGUGGGGCUCAAUGAGCAGGUUUUGCACCUGUGGCUGGAAGUGCUCUGCUCCAGCCUGGCCACCGUGGAGAAGUGGUACCAGCCCUGGUCGUUCCUGCGCAGCCCCGGCUGGGUCCAGAUCAAGUGUGAACUCCGCGUCCUCUGCUGCUUUGCCUUCAGCCUCUCCCAGGACUGGGAACUUCCUGUGAAGAGAGAGGAGGAGAAGCGACCCCUGAAGGAGGGGGUCCAGGACAUGCUGGUUAAGCACCACCUGUUCAGCUGGGACAUAGACGGGUGA